AUGGACACUUCUGGGCACUUCCAUGACUCCGGGGUGGGGGACCUGGAUGAAGACCCCAAGUGCCCCUGUCCAUCCUCCGGGGAUGAGCAGCAGCAGCAGCCGCCGCCGCCGCCGCCGCCACCAGCACCAGCACCACCAGCAGCCCCCCAGCAGCCCCCAGGACCCCCGUUGCAGCCUCAGCCUCCGCAGCUUCAGCAGCAGCAGCAGCAGCAGCAACCGCCGCAUCCCCUGUCUCAGCUCGCCCAACUCCAGAGCCAGCCCAUCCACCCCGGCCUGCUACACUCCUCUCCCACUGCUUUCAGGGGCCCCCCUUCAUCCAACUCCACCGCCAUCCUCCACCCUUCCUCCAGGCAAGGCAGCCAGCUCAAUCUCAAUGACCACUUGCUUGGCCACUCUCCAACUUCCACAGCCACAAGUGGGCCUGGUGGAGGAGGCCGGCACCGGCAGGCCAGCCCCCUGGUGCACCGGCGGGACAGCAACCCCUUCACAGAGAUAGCCAUGAGCUCCUGCAAGUACAGCGGUGGGGUCAUGAAACCCCUCAGCCGGCUCAGCGCCUCCCGGAGGAACCUCAUCGAGGCUGAGCCCGAGGGCCAGCCCCUCCAGCUCUUCAGCCCCAGCAACCCCCCGGAGAUCGUCAUCUCCUCCCGGGAGGACAACCAUGCCCACCAGACCCUGCACCAUCACCCCAAUGCUGCCCACAACCACCAGCACGCCGGCGCCACCGCCAGCAGCACCACCUUCCCCAAAGCCAACAAGCGGAAAAACCAAAACAUUGGCUAUAAGCUGGGACACAGGAGGGCCCUGUUUGAAAAGAGGAAGCGACUGAGUGACUAUGCUCUGAUUUUUGGGAUGUUUGGAAUUGUUGUUAUGGUGAUAGAGACCGAGCUCUCUUGGGGUUUGUACUCAAAGGAUUCCAUGUUUUCGUUGGCCCUGAAAUGCCUUAUCAGUCUGUCUACCAUCAUCCUUUUGGGUUUGAUCAUCGCCUAUCACACACGUGAAGUCCAGCUCUUCGUGAUCGACAAUGGUGCGGACGACUGGCGGAUAGCCAUGACCUACGAGCGCAUCCUCUACAUCAGCUUGGAGAUGCUGGUGUGCGCCAUCCACCCCAUUCCUGGUGAGUACAAGUUCUUCUGGACGGCGCGCCUGGCCUUCUCCUACACACCCUCACGGGCGGAGGCCGACGUGGACAUCAUCCUGUCCAUCCCGAUGUUCCUGCGCCUGUACCUGAUCGCCCGCGUCAUGCUACUGCACAGCAAGCUCUUCACCGACGCCUCGUCACGCAGCAUCGGGGCCCUCAACAAGAUCAACUUCAACACGCGCUUCGUCAUGAAGACCCUCAUGACCAUCUGCCCCGGCACCGUGCUCCUCGUGUUCAGCAUCUCACUGUGGAUCAUCGCUGCCUGGACCGUCCGCGUCUGCGAAAGGUACCAUGACCAGCAGGACGUAACUAGUAACUUUCUGGGUGCCAUGUGGCUCAUCUCUAUCACAUUCCUUUCCAUUGGUUAUGGGGAUAUGGUGCCCCACACAUACUGUGGGAAAGGUGUCUGUCUUCUCACGGGCAUCAUGGGUGCGGGCUGUACUGCCCUGGUGGUGGCCGUGGUGGCCCGAAAGCUGGAACUCACCAAAGCAGAGAAGCACGUUCACAACUUCAUGAUGGACACUCAGCUCACCAAACGGAUCAAGAAUGCUGCAGCCAAUGUCCUUCGGGAAACGUGGCUAAUCUAUAAACACACAAAGCUGCUAAAGAAGAUUGACCACGCCAAAGUCAGGAAACACCAGAGGAAGUUCCUCCAAGCAAUCCACCAACUGAGGAGCGUCAAGAUGGAGCAGAGGAAGCUGAGCGACCAAGCCAACACCCUGGUGGACCUUUCCAAGAUGCAGAACGUCAUGUAUGACUUAAUCACAGAACUCAAUGAUCGGAGCGAAGAUCUGGAGAAACAAAUCGGCAGUCUGGAGUCUAAGCUGGAGCACCUCACCGCCAGCAUCAAUUCCCUGCCCCUGCUCAUCGCGGACACCCUGCGCCAGCAGCAGCGGCAGUUCCUGUCUGCCCUCACGGAGGCCCGGGGCGUCAGCGUGGCAGUGGGCACCACCCACACCCCACUCUCCGACAGCCCAAUCGGGGUCAGCUCCACCUCCUUCCCAACCCCGUACACGAGUUCAAGCAGUUGCUAAAUAAAACUCCCCACUUCAGAAGCAUUACCCAUAGGUCUUAAGAUGCAAAUCAACU